CAAACAGCCAUCUAUAAACUCAUUUAAAUCUUAAUCUACACCAAUUGUAUGGAAAAACUAAGAAUAGAUAAUGCAAGGUCGAUUUGAUCAGACGCCUUUUUCCAAAGAAUCCGAUAAACUUGUUGACAAACUAUCAGAUAAAAAGUUGAUAACACGAAAACACUUGACCUUUCAACCAACCAACAAAACAAACACUGCUGAUCCUCUACCCGAGAAAAGUUUAUCUGAAGUCUGGGAAUUACAAACUUUACAAGAACAAGAACAAGAUGAAUUCGACAGCCUAACAGAACCUAAAGCCGAAUCAUUUCAAAACUCUUUGAAUAAAAUGUCAUCUGAAGAAAUUCUCCCAAAGCUUAAAUCUUGUGAAGUAUCAAAGAAUAAACGUGGAAGUAUUAAAGAUGUGGCGGAGAAAUUACGGCAUCGUUAUCAUUCUGUUGGAUUAUUGAACACUUUGAACUCUCUCACUUCUCAUACACGCAAUAGUAAUAAUAACAAUAAUAAUAGUAACAAUGAGACGUGCUCAACGGGUAAACCGCAUACAUCAUCAAAGCAGUCAGACAAUUCAUUAGAACAUCGAAAUUCCCGUAGAUAUACUAUAAAUGUAACUAAUGAUAAAAAUGAUCUGAGGAGUCAAGAGCUAGUCGAAGAGGCGACAACAUUUAUGGGUAUUGGUGGAGAUAAUUCUAUCCUUGAUGAAAUUCAAGAACCGUUAUCCUCGGAUGGAUUUACCUCACAUCGCCAUAGUAUAAAUAUGCUUAACACUAAUAAUAAUUGUAAUAACAAUACCAGUAACAAUAGUAUCAAUAAUAAUAAUCCGAUCAUCGUACGUGAUCGAGCCUGGUCAAUGUAUAAUCUUAAAGAACAGUUUAUCUCAUUUUUUCAACCGUCAGAUAAUAAACUAGCUUUGAAAUUGUUUGGCAAUAAAGUUGCAUUAGCCUGUGAAAAACGUAGACAACGGGAACAAGGUAAAUGGAUUAUACACCCAUGUAGUAAUUUCCGAUUCUACUGGAAUAUUAUCAUGCUCAUCUUGUUAAUGGCUAAUUUGAUCAUGUUGCCGGUGAUUAUCUCCUUUUUCAAUGAUGAUCUACCUGGAAAUUGGCUUAUUUUCAACAGUAUAUCAGAUACUUUAUUUAUAUUGGAUAUAAUUGUGAAUUUUCGUACUGGUAUUAUCAGAAAUGAUUUUGUUGAUGAUAUAAUACUGGAUCCUACAGAAAUUGCACGGGAAUACGUGAAAACAUGGUUUUUUCUCGAUUUGAUUAGCUCAAUACCCAUGGAUUAUGUUUUAUUUGCUUUCAAAGGAUACGAACAAGGUGAACGGGCUGAACAUCUUGUCCAAGCAGGUCGUGCAUUACGAAUAUUACGAUUAGCAAAACUUCUAAGUUUGUUAAGGCUGCUACGUCUUUCACGCUUAGUUCGUUAUAUUACUCAAUGGGAAGAGUUCAUCAAUAUUGCAAGUAAAUUCAUGGGAAUAUGUAAUCUAGUCCUGAUCAUGUUGAUAUUAGGCCAUUGGAAUGCAUGUUUACAAUUUCUUGUACCAAUGUUAAUGGAUUUCCCUGUAGACAGUUGGGUUAGUAAAGCACGUUUACAGAAUGCUUACUGGUUUGAACAGUAUACAUGGGCACUAUUCAAAGCACUUUCACAUAUGCUUUCAAUUGGUUAUGGACGUUAUCCACCGAGUUCACUGCCUGAAGCAUGGAUCACUAUUAUUAGUAUGAUGACAGGGGCUACAUGUUAUGCAUUAUUUGUUGGUCAUGCUGCUGCAUUGAUACAAUCUUUUGAUGCUUCAAAGAGAAAAUAUCGUGAAAUGUUAAAACAAGUCGAAGAAUAUAUGGCGUAUAAAAAGUAUCCAAGAGCCCUAAGAAGACGUAUUGCUGGUUAUUAUGAGCAUCGGUAUAAAGGGAAAAUGUUCAAUGAGAAAGAAAUUCUUGGCGAAUUAUCAGAAUGUUUACGAGAGCAAAUUAUCAAUUAUAAUUGUCGUGCCUUAGUAGCAUCUGUUCCAAUCUUUGCUAAUGCUGACCAGAAUUUUGUAUCUGAAGUUAUUGUCAAGCUGAAACAAGAAGUCUUUCAACCCGGUGAUUUAAUUAUUAAAGAAGGAACAUAUGGAACAAAAAUGUAUUUCAUUCAAGAAGGUGUUGUGAAUAUUAUUACAAAAGAUGGUGUAUUAGCUACAAGGCUAUCGGAUGGAUGUUAUUUCGGAGAAAUAUGCUUACUAACCAAUGCACGACGUGUAGCAAGUGUUGAAGCUGAAACCUAUUGUACCCUCUAUUCAUUGGAUCAAAAACACUUCUACGAUGUACUGGAGAAUUAUCCAGAAAUGAGAGUAACAUUAGAAAAAGUUGCCACUGAACGUUUACAAUCACUUGGUCGGCGAACAUCAAUUCUACAGUCGACAAAUAAUGUAAAUGAACAGUCGGAUUAUGCGCUGAAAAUUGCUGAUGAGGUUAUAAAACAUCAGCGUCACGCAAAGUAUACAACGGAUAGUAUUUGUUCCAAAGACAAUAAAGAACAAAAUGUCGGCAGUAAACUGGACAAUCAACUGUUGAAAUCGAGCUCCUGUAUUCAAAAGACCAAUCCUUCACUGGGCACAGAUAAUCCCAGAAAAGAAGAAGAAGGUGAUGCCAAUGUUGAUGAGGAUCAUUUACAACACAAGAUUAAGGUGCCUAAUUCUUCUUCUUCUUCAAUUCAACCUCAACAUCAACUUUCUACGCAUACUCAUCCUUCUUCUGCGGCCUGUUCUUAUUCUUCUUCGUCUCCUUCUUCUUCUUCUUCUCGUGUUCCCACUUCAACAAACGAUUAUCAGGUGAAUCAUCUUCAGAAUGAGAAAGGUGGGAAAUUUAAACAAGCUCAACCCAGUAUCAUUACACCAAGUGUACAUUCCUCAGAUAAUCAAUAAUUUGAAGGCCUCAGUAAUUCAAUCCACAUUUACAAAAAUAUUAAUACGUAAUUCUAUACAUAUAUAUUUAUACAUAUAAAACAAAUUGAUUUCAUCACUUCUUUUGUGAUCGGAUAAGAACAGAUUCCUAUAGCCUCCUGCUCACUGCACGCACACACACACACACACACAAACUGCUCCUCAGUCACUUUGCACAGUUUUCAUUGAUUGAUUCUUUUCCCUAUACAUGCAUAUAUCUAUAUACACAUAAAUAUAUUUUACGUAUAUAUUGUAGGACUACUUUAGAGUGUAUAUCAGUAGUAUCAGAAGUUAUUUAUUCAAAAAAAAAUGAACAGAGCUCAUUUAUUUCACGAGAUUAGUCAGUCAGGUUUUAUGCCUUAAUAAACAAACUUCUCUUCUCCUCUCUUCUCUAUGCUCUUUCUCCUGACCUCUGCCUCCGUGUUUUUGAAGGG